GUCCAUACCUUUAUUAAACAGCCAAUAGAUAUCUAAUACCAAUUGGAUCGGCCUUUGUUUCAACUGGGUUUCGAUCAUUACAAUCAACCACUACUAGUCUACUGUUAUUUCAAUUUCCAAUUCUAAUAAAAAACAGGAGUGUUUUCAGGAGGUUUUGGAGGCCAUCGCUACUGUAAUUCCUUCUCACAAAUGGAUUCAAGGAAGCUUAAAAGAGAGUCAUUGCCGUCACCAUCUUCUUCUUCAACACGUCAGCCAAAAAUAAAAUACCAAGUAUUUCUUAGUUUUAGGGGUGAGGACACCCGCACUAAUUUUACUGACCAUCUAUAUGUUGCUUUGAAAGGAAAGGGGAUUAUUACUUUUAGGGAUGAAGAAGAACUCAAGAAAGGAGAACGUAUUUCUGAGCUCUUCAAAGCAAUUGAAGAAUCACAGUUUGCUAUCAUCAUUCUCUCAAAAAACUAUGCAUCUUCUACGUGGUGCUUGGAUGAGCUUGCCAAGAUUAUCAAAUGCAAGGAUGAAAUAGGACUGAAAGUUUUGCCAGUUUUUUACGAUGUGAGCCCAUCUAUUGUACGAAAACAAAUAGAAACUUUUGAACAAGCCUUUAUUGAUCACCAAAAACGCUUUGAGGAUAACAUAGAGAAGGUGGAAACAUGGAGAGAUACUUUAAAAAAAGUGGCUGAUAUCAAAGGUUGGGAUCUGCAUCUUCAAAAUAGGCUUGAGUCCGAAAUUAUCCAAGACAUUGUGAAACUAAUUAUGGAGAAAUUGAGUUCUAAAUGCUCAAGCAUUAAUAAAAAUUUGAUAGGAAUAAAAUCUAUGGUGGCAGAAUUGAUCCCAUCGUAUUUAGGCUUUGGGAAUGAUAUUUACAUGAUGGGGAUUUGUGGUAUGGGGGGUCUAGGAAAAACAACUCUUGCUAAUGCUAUAUAUGAUGAGUAUACAGAUCACUUUGAAGGUUCUAGUUUUAUUGCCAAUGUUAGGGAAAGAUCAGAAAAACGUGAACUGCAUGAAUUACAACAACAAUUGCUUGAUGAGAUUUUGGAGGGAAGUAAUACAAAGAUCUACAAUGUUCAAGGAGGAGUUAAAAAAAUCAAGAGUAGUGGGUUGCGUCAUAAAAAAAUUUUACUUGUCCUAGAUGAUGUUAAUCAGAAGGACCAAUUAGAAAAAUUGGCUGGAGAGCAUAAUUGGUUUGGAUUAGGUAGUUGGAUCAUCAUAACAACUAGAGAUGAACAUGUUUUGGUUGAUCAUGAAGUGCUUAAAAUAUAUAAGCCUAAUGGAUUAGAUGAUGAUGAUGCUUCACAACUUUUUUGUUCGAAAGCCUUCAAAAAGGUGCAACCCACAGAAGGUUAUAUGCAGCUCUCCCAGAAAGUUGUGGGAUAUGCUAGUGGCCUUCCAUUAGCUCUUGUUACUUUGGGUUCCUUUUUGGCUGGAAAACUAGUAGCAGAGUGGGAAAGUGCAUUGAAAAAUUUAAAAGAAAAUCCAAAAAGAGAAAUAUUUGAUGUACUUAAAAUAAGUUAUGAUGGACUAGAAGAAAUGGAGAAAAAGAUAUUCUUAGAUAUUGCAUGUUUCUUUAGGGGGUGGAAUAAAAAUGAAGUAAUACAAAUAUUAGAGAAUUGUGGUUUUGAAGCAAGAAUUGGUAUAAGUGUUCUUAUAGAAAGAUCUCUUUUAACCAUGGAUGUCAUCGGACGUUUGGAGAUGCAUGAUCUACUAAAAAUAAUGGGUCAAGAUAUUAUUCAUCUUGAAUCAGGUGGAGAGAUUGGAAAGCAAAGUAGGUUGUGGCUUGUCAAGGAUUUGCUUCAUGUAUUGGAGAACGAUAUGGCAACAGAAGCCAUUCAAGCCAUAGUUGUCACAAACAAGGAAGAGAAGCCAUUCAAGUGCAAAUUUUCUGAUGGAUUUUCGAAGAUGUCUAAUCUUAGAUUGUUAAUAAUUUAUGAGGACUCCCUACAUGGAAAGAAGCUAAACAUCCUGAAUGCCCAAAAACAUCUUGCUCUUCCUAAUAACCUAAGACAUCUUAGGUGGACCAACUGUCCUUUUAAAUGUUUGGCAUCCAGGCACAAACGAAUGCUGCCUGUUCAACUUGAAUUGCUGUCCAACAAAUUUGAAUAUCUUUGGGAAGGAAAAAUGCGUUCAGUCAACUUAAAGUUCAUUGAUCUUAGUCAUUCCAUGAAGCUUGUUAGGACACCUGACUUUUCAGGUGUUCCGAUACUUGAGGUACUAGACCUUUCUUUGUGCUUUCAAUUGGUUGAGAUCCACCCAUCUGUUGGACGACUCAGCAAGCUUAGGUAUUUACAUCUGCGACACUGUGCAUCUCUUACCGAUCUUCCCAGCAUGUCUGAUGAAAUGCAGUCUCUUACGGUUCUUGAUCUUUAUGGUUGCCUCAAAAUCAGUACAAUUCCGAAAUUUACUGGAAUUAUGAAAAGCCUAUCGGAACUCAGUUUGGCUAAAUCUGCUAUUAUGAAACUAGCACCCUCAUCAAUCGAGUGUGUGACUGCCCUUACUUUUUUACAUCUAAGUGAGUGCAGAAAUCUCGAAUGUCUUCCAAGCAUGGAUAAUCUGAGGUCUCUUAAGGCACUCGAUCUUUCCGAAUGCUCAAAACUAAAAUCUUUGCCAAGGCUUCCAUCAACUGUAAGAUAUAUAAAUACUAAAGGUUGUUUUUCCCUAAAAUGGUCACCAGCACAGGACAAACUGAGUAUCUGGUCACAGUCUCUCUCCCAAUGGCUUCCAUAUAAUGAGAGAGGCAGUCGAGUGGAAUUUACAAUAUUGUUCCAUUUCCUACAGGGACUCCUUUAUCGUCAAACUGUUUAUGGAACUUCUUCCAAAAGGGAAGAGGAUGGAUUUAGAACUGAAUUUCAGAUAAUUAUUCCAUCUUGUUUAACUCAAAAAGAGGUUAAUUCAAUAAGCAUAGAGUUGCCUUCAAAUUGGUAUAAUAGUAAAUGGAUAGGAUUAGCUCUUUGGGCAUCAGGUUUUAUAUUCAUUGGAGAUGGUAUUAGAGCUCGUGUGAUAGCCCUUGGUGAUAUGCCUCUACAUCAUUGUGCCUCUAAAGUUUUUACUUCCACGAUGCAUUGUGGGGACAGUAUUGGCCUAUUGUAUUUCUCUCGUGAUGAUUGGUUUGCUAAAGUUGGGAUUGGUGAAUGCAGUCAGAUUAAGGUUAUAUUUGAGACCUAUUAUUACUCAGCAUUUCGUGUGUGGGAAUGUUGUGGGGUCAGUUUGGUAUACCAGCAAGAUGUGGAAGAGUUCAACCAAACAAAUGCACAAUGUAUGAUUGAGAGCUUUGGGAAAGGAAAUAUCCAUAAAUUAACUGUCAGUGAUGAUAAUGAUGAUGUAAAUACAAUUGGUGAUAUGGAAACAAGCAUAGCUACUUUAAGAGAAGCGACUAAUAUCUCUGGUUAUCAUCUACAAAAUAGGUAA